AUGGACUCUGCUUCCAUGCAGUGUUUCCCCAGUGAGUUCAUCUGCUCCAUCUGCAAGGACAAUUUCACAGACCCUGUCACCAUUAGCUGUGGGCACAGAUUUUGUACUCCUUGCCUCUGUCUCUUGUGGGAAGAUGUCCAAACAGCUACUUGCUGUCCUGUGUGCAAGGCAAUAUCUCCAAAAAUGGACUUCAAAAGCACUAUUUUUGCUAAGGAACAUAUUCUGCCUACCAGAGAAUCAGUUGUCUGCCAGUUACCUAGCUCUGCCAAACAGAUGUGUAAGAUACACCAAGUGAUAAAGCUCUACUUCUGUCAAACUGACAAGAGCCUGCUGUGUUUGUUCUGCUCUCAUUCCCCAGAGCAUGCCACACAUGAACACUAUCCAAUAAAGCAGGUUGCAGAGCACUACAGGGAGAACCUUCUGAUGCAAAUGAAAUCUAUUUGGAAAAAGAAAAAAGAAAACCAGAGAAAUAUAAAAAAAGUGACCAACAUAUUCAGAGUAUGGGAGGGUUUUGUAAAUCUACGGAUGGUGAUGAUAGGAGCGGAAUACCCUAAGGUAUAUCAAUAUCUCCAGGAAGAAAAGCAAAAACAUUUAGAGAUGUUGGCAAUUGAAGGCAAGAUUGUUUUUCAGCGACUCAGGAGAAAUGUAGCCAGAAUGGUUCAUAUGGGGAAACUUCUGAGAAGAAUAUAUGAGGAGCUGAAGGAACUGUGCCUUAAAGCAGAUGUGGACAUGCUCCAGGGUGUGGGAGACACAAUGAAAAGGAGUCAGUUAAUGCAGCUGUACAUUCCUCAGCCUAUGGACCCACAGCUCAGUACAUGGGCCAUCACUGGGAUGUUGGAAAGGCUUAACAGCUUCCGAGUGUAUGUUACGUUGGAUCAUAAAAUAAGAAAUUGUCAUGUGGCUCUGACUGAAGACCUGAGACGUUUGCAGUGCAGUCCUGACCAUCAAGACGUGCCCCGUAAUCCAGCAAGCUCAGAGAAUACUCCUUCAUGGGGUGCUCAGACCUUCACCACUGGCAAACAUUACUGGGAGGUGAAUGUGGGAAACUCUCGUAACUGGAUUAUAGGACUUUGCAAGGAAUCUUGGACAAGUAGGAAUGAUAUGCUACUUAACUCUGAGGAUAUUUUUCUACUUCUGUGUGUCAGCGUGGAGGACCAUUUCAGUCUCUUUUCUACAUUCCCACUCUUACCCCACUAUAUUCAAAGACCCCAGGGCUGGAUAGGGGUCUUUCUAGAUUAUGAAUGUGGUAUAAUAAGCUUUAUUAAUGUUGCCAGAAGUUCCCUCAUUUGUAAUUUCCUCUCACGCUCUUUCUCUUUCCCUCUCAGACCUUUCAUUUGGUGUGGACCCAAAUGA